GCUUGGUUUUGACUUUGGUUUUGGUGGCUUGUAGCACCACCACCACCACCUCACUUCAUCUCUUCCUUCCUUCCUCCUCUCUUACUUCGCUUCGUCACAUCCAAUUCCCACCUCUUAAGUCUCCUCUAUUUCUUCCUUCUCCACUGCUUAGUUUUCUGGGGUUUUUUUUUCAUGGCUUCUUCGUUUAUAAUAGAGGUGGGGAAGAAGAGUCCAUAGGAAAGCUGCCACCUUUCCAUUGGGAUCUUCUCCUUGGUCGUCUCCUUCUGAUUGCAGGAAAAAUGGGCGACCAUUUUGCGUUGUUGGUGGACCGCCUUCUCACGGAGUCGACGCUCGAAGCGACUAUUGGGAUUGGGAGUAGGGUGGAAGGCCAAGUUGCCGCCAAUCCAUCAUCUUUGGAGGACCAAGGUAAAGAAAUUACCCGGAAGAGAAUCAUCCGAGACAGGACCUCUAUUGGGAAAUUGGUCGAGUGCCGAAUCUGUCAAGAAGAAGACGAUGAUUUCAAUAUGGAGAUUCCUUGUUCUUGCCGUGGUAGCUUGAAGUAUGCUCAUAGAAAAUGUGUUCAAAGAUGGUGUAACGAAAAGGGUGACACUGUGUGCGAGAUUUGCCUACAGCAAUUCAAGCCAGGUUAUACUGCUCCACCGAAGCUAUUCCGAUAUGGAACUACUCCUAUGAACUUCAGAGGAAACUGGGAGAUCACAAGACAGGAUAUUUAUGAUUCUCAGAUCAUAACAUUAGUUCCAUCUGAGCGUGAUACUUUGCAAUAUUAUGACAACGACCAUUCGAGUAGCAAAGUUUGUUGUCGAGUCAUAGCAUUAAUAUUCAUGGUUCUUUUGGUUCUGCAGCAUUUUCUUCCCCUCCUGAUUGGUGGAGCUGAACAGUACUCAUUCACCUUAUUCUCACUGAUGGUGUUGAGGACUACUGGAAUACUUUUACCUGUUCUCGUAGUUCUCCAAACACUAAGAGUAUUUCAUCAGUGCCGUGAUCAUCAGGUAACUGGAGAAAUUACAGAUCCUUCAGGAGGUAGCAACUCAGUUAACUCAUGGCAUCUGGUGCAACCUUACUCGCAUCGCAUCCAAAUGCACUGACAUCGAAGAGAGGCAAUUCAAGUGAUGGGAAAACAAUCUGAUCUCUUAGUGGUGCAAGAUAAGUGUAUCAGGGUGUAUUCAGAAGAUAAUAUGAAAUGAAAUAGAGCGAAAAAUGGAAAAUCAAAGGAAAGAAGAAAGAGAAAGGCGAAAGCAGGAAAAUGAUUCAAUAUAUGGUUGAAUUGGAUCCCCAAGGUGGAGUUUGGCUUAACUAUGCAGUUUGCUGAUCUCUAGAGGAUCUGGUAUACCUGAUAGCUUAGGGAUCUCUUAACUCCCUUCACUUUGGAACGAUUAUGUAGAAAUUAAAAGAUUGAAAAAAAUUAAUUAUAUUAUUAGAUCUUAAAA